AUGAGACACCCCAAGACUAAGACCGUGCCGCCACCCAACAGCAUCCACGACCCUUUCUGGCCCGCCAUCAUCGAUGAAAAGUUACACCUGAAAAUUAGGACCACGCAUCCCCAACCCCCAACCACCUCGCAAGCCUGCAUCAAGGUGGGCGCUGCCCUUCGCCGAGCCGAAAAGGAGAAGCGCGACUACUACACCGGUUUCAACCAUGGAAAAACUCUGAUCGUCCCUGCGGCGAUGACGACAACCGGUGGGUUCGCCUCCUCCUUUGUGGAUCUGCUUGGUCAGCUCGCCCGCUGCGCCGAGGCCCGUGGUGUGUACCAGCCGGGGCUGGAUGAGGCCUUUGUUCCUCGGUGGAAGGGUCGCUUUGCGGCGCUGGUCCAUCAGAUGAACGCUAACCACAUCCAGCGCCACUUUGGCGGUGUCUGCCUGCGCUCGUCGUAG